AUGUUGCUCAAGAGCAUCCAGAACAUUGUCUGUGGCCUCGUGCCAACGUUCUUCCUGUUUGGCUCUGCAGCUGCCGAGCUGGACUUUGAACAGUGGCAUCCAGCGGGACUGGGAGACUUGCGCUGCGGCUGCCCGGCCAUGAACAGUCUUGCCAACCACGGGUUCAUCAACCAUAACGGCAGCAACAUCACGGUCAACGAGGUCAUCCCGUUGAUGCAAGAGGUCUUUCAUCUCAGUGAAGAGCUCGCCACGAUUGUCACGGGCCUCGCCGUCCUCUCGGCGGACGACCCUGCCUCGGGUAUUUUCAACCUUGAUAUGCUGAACCGCCACAACAUUUUCGAGCACGACGCCUCACUGACCCGCAAGGAUUUCUACCUGGGCGGCGACGGACAUACUAUUGACCAGCCCACGCUGGACGAGUUCCUCAGCUACUUCGACGGCAAAGAAUGGAUCGACCUCAACGACGCCGCAGCAGCCCGCUAUGCGCGCGUCCUCGACUCCCGCGAGAAGAACCCGAGCUUCCUCUACCAGGACCAGCAGCUCAUUACUUCGUACGGCGAGACGAUCAAGUACUUCCGAACCAUGGUCGACCCGCGCUCAAACAAGACAUCCGCCGAGUUCGUCAGGAUCUUGUUCACCGAGGAGCGGCUGCCCGUCAGGGAAGGGUGGCAGCGCCCGCGAGAAGAGAUCAGUGGGUUCUCGCUGGCCAGCGAUGUCGUUCAGCUGGCGCUGCGCACCCCAGAGAAGUUCAUUGGCAUGCCGUUCGACCAGCGUCCGUUUGCAGAGCAGGCCUUUGACCCGCUGCCAUGGCAGCGGCCUCCCAUCUGGACUCCCCCGAACUACCCGGGUUUCAGUAAGAGGCAUUUCUCUGAGCUUGUCGGGAGGUUUGCGAAGAAGGCCCUUCCGUUUCGUGCUUGA